CGACUUUUCCACCGCCCCGAGCAGCUCAAGCAGCAACCCCCAGCCGGCCCACGCUCUUUUGCUUCUGCAUCUGCUGCUGCACCUGCGCCUGUGCCUGUGUCUGCUCUACCUCCCCGGCUUCUCAUGCCUUUGUGAGCCUUCGAAUCGCACCCGUCGCGCCAGCUCGGCCUGAACCUGCACUGCUCCUCUACGCGACCUGACCGCCCACGCGCCAACAUGGCUUUCGCAGGCAAUGCGCCGGCUGCCGUCGUGGCCAGCGAGGUUUCCGACAUCGAGACAGAGCACAUCGCCCUCAAAGCCCUCGCCCAGGCCAAGAAGCUCAAGCUGCUGCCCACGCCCUGGUCCUCGGCCAGCGUGCCCCCUCCGUCGGCCACCCUGCUCUCCAUAGCCUCCAGGCCCGGUCUGCUCGCUGCCGCCGGCCCCGACACCCUCGUCGUCACGUCCACCGAGACUGUGCGCAAGGCCUUUUCCAAAGACGCAGACAACGAGGACGUCAUUUCAGACUUCGCGCCUGAUGUCACCCUGCCCGUUCCCACCCUCCGCCAUGUCGUCUUCUCUGCCGACGGCGAUUUCCUCGUCAUCUCAGCCGAGACCCAGGGAGGGCUGGCUGUGUUUGAGACGGCCAAACUCAUGGGCCAACAAAAGAACCCCGAGCGUCAGAUCGCAACCGACGGGACCGCAGUGCGCGCACUUGUGCCCAAUCCAGCUGCGACAACAGAACACUACAUGGCCGUUGUCCUCGACUCGGGCAAGCUCAUCAUAGCCAACAUUGACGAUGGAGUGUCAAAGGCGAUCAAGAACGAAGGCGUGCACUGCGUCGCAUGGAGUACGAGGGGCAAGGCGGUCGUGGCUGGUCUGCAGGACGGGACAUGCACUAUACUCAUGAGCAGCGGAGAUGUCAAGGGGACCGUCCCUCGUCCCCCUGGCGUGGAGCAGGGCUGGAUUGUUUCUGGCCUGUAUUGGCUGAACAACGAGGAAUUUCUCACGAUCCACUCCCCCGGACGGUCACACUUGCAAGACAACGAGGAUAGCAAAUACCACAUCGUCAAGAGCAACAAGGGCUGGACUUCGUUCGAAUUCCACCAAACGCCCUGGGACCCGCUCCUUCCUUCGCAAGACCUGCCGCCCCGUACUUUUCCUCCGCGAUUUUCCUUCUCAAGGUUGCGGAACUGGGAGCCGGAUCUCGAUGACAUGAUCAUCUUGACUUCUUCACACACAGAGUCGGUUACUUUGUUCACCUCGACUAGCAAGAACAUAUCACCAUAUCAGGAGACCUUGGGCGAGUACAUGAUGACAAAUCUCGACGAAAAGUUUCAGGCAACGCUGCCCCGGAGGGUCUUUGGCGAGGAAGGAGACAGUGCCUUGAUUGGAGCGGCUCUGGACCUUUCUAGCACAGAGAAGAUACUGCGCCCUAUUGCAUCACUGGAAGAGAUCGAGCAAGCGCCCUGGCCGUUGCCUGCGUACAUGACCCUCACCCAUCAGGGCAUCCUCUCAGCGUACUGGGUUGCAUGGAAUCGGUCCAUCGAGGCCGGCACACGCUAUCCCGGCCUCAUCUUUGGUAGUGAGGAAACCAAGCCGGAGGCUGUCUCCACUCCAAAGGCGGCUCCUCCUUCUGCCUCGCAGUCCAGGUUUGGUUUUGGCCAGCCUGCCAACAGCUCUCCAUCCACGCAGGCGGGCGGUUCGUUCGGCAAGCCAGCAGCAUCUACAUUCGGGACUCCUUCCACGCCCAAGUAUGGCUCUACGGGAUUCGGCUCCACAACACCAGGUUUUGGGACAUCUACAACGCCAGCCUUUGGGCAAUCUACAACACCCGCCACUUUUGCAAAGCCCGCUCCGCCAGCUUUUGGGCAGUCGACAACACCCGCUUUUGGAAAACCUGCUCAGCCAGCCUUUGGUUCCGCUUCGUCGAUUGGCGCUGGAGGCAACUCGUCCUUUGGCACAACCGGAGGAGUGGGCAACAAGCAGUCUCCGUGGGGCGCAGCUCCAUCAGCUUCGCAGACUCCUCCAGCCGCUGCAAAUCCCUUCUCCAGCGCUGCGAACGGUUCAUCAGGAUUCGCCAAGUUCGGCCAGACCAACGGAGGCUCCGCAUUCUCUAGCUUUGGUAGUCCCAGCAGUGCUCAGUCAGGGUUUGGUUCAUUAGGGCAGGCCAAGCAGUCCAGUUUCGGCAGUCUUGGUGGUGGCGCUCAGUCAGGGUUCGGUGCUAUGGGACAGGGUCCGCAAAAGUCCGCAUUCUCAGGAGCACCCAAUGGGGCUAAGACCGAGCCUAGCUUUGGCUCUACAGUGACUGUGGGCUCCAGUACUGGGUCUACACUCCCGUCUUUCGCCAACACUCCCUCGCAACAGGGAAGCUCUGUGUUUGGGAAACCUACGUCCUCGUUCGGAUCCAACAAAGCGUCAGAUGCGAGCGACGAGAAUCGAAAGAGGGAUGGUGCCACGCCAACCGCGCAGGCUCCCCAGCCGCAACAAUCAAAAGGUCUUUUUGGUCUUGCUGGAGGGUUCAAGCUUGGGACUUCGUUCUCCAGCGACGGAACUGCAAAGGACGAUCCAGCGAAACCUGCGGCUCCCUCCAAUGGGUCUUUCUUUGGAAGUGACUUCUCCUCUACCCUCAGUGGUACCUCGAAAAUCCCAGCGACCCCAACGGAGCAACCUGGGAAGACCUCGCCUUGGGAUGUCUCUACUACACCUGCCUCGCCGCCAAAACAGCAGAAGUCGCUCUUCUCAAGCGCCACGCCUGCAAGAGAGAGCGCUACGCCUAAAGCACCACCGCCAGCCAAGGAGAAAGCCCCUGCUUCGAACGAUGCACCGCUUCCACCGGAUUUCAUUACCACCAAACCAUCGAAACCUGUCGAUGACGAUCUUCCGCCUAUUGCUGGAAGUCCUCCCGUUAAUGUUGAGGCCCCUAGCUCCUCGCCCGAGGCAUCACCGAUUGGCGAUGAGGAUGAUGAGGAAGAAUUCUCGGUUGAAGAGGCGGAAGACGACGAGGAGGGUGAGGCAGAUAUGGAUGAGGGGUCGGAAGAAAGCGGAGAUGAGGAGGACGAAGACGAGGAAGAAUCCCCUUCCAAGGUGGCACCUGUCUCUCGACCUUUGAAGCUCGGGAACUACGCAAUCCAAGACAGUGUCAACAACUCGCCGCAUAGCUACCCACCUGCACCAACACCUCCAGUCAAGUCAGAAGCGACGUCUCGGUCUGGGAGGAGUAUAUCUCCACCUAGACCUUCACUCUUUGGCGAGGUUCCCAAGCCCAGCAGUAGUCAAUCGCGACCAGGCUCAUCACUGUUCGGCCAACAGGCGCAGAAAGCACCAUUCUCCCUUGGUCAACCCAGCAAGGCGAACCAACCUUCUGCACCAGCGAUGCCAGUAUUCCCACCUCCAACGAACCGCGUCAAGGAGGACCUUCGCUCACCUAGUCCCAUGCGCUCUUCCUCGACGUCUGCUCUCCGAACGCGAAGAGAGCCUCUAGCUGCUCCCGGUAGCUCAUUGAGUGCUUCCCUUCUGAACUCGAAACCACCGACACCACAGCCGCAGGUUUCUGAUCUGGAAGACGACGAAGCUGAGCGUAUGCAUGCUCAACUAGCGCAGGAAGUUGAGCCAAGGCGGACGCUGGAUCAGUUUGUCGCCUACCAAAACUAUGCUGGCGGUUCCAACAACAAGACUGGGUCCGCUGCACAGAUAGAAAUGGUGUACAAGGACCUCAAUGGCAUGGUUGACACGCUUGGCUGGAACGCACGGUCGUUGAAGGCAUUCACACAAUACCACAAGCAACCUCAACAGGGCCAUGAGGUCAGUCGAGAAGCGCUUGACGAGGUGGAGAGUGACGGCGUGGACGAUUCAUGGUUUGAGAAGUGGAAUCUCUGCGAGAUCGAGGACCUGAAAGCGCUCGAGGAUGAGCUCGAACGAGGAUUGGAUGCCGGUCGAGUAGGCGACGUCUUCGCAAAGCUGAACCUGCUCGGCCGUCUGCUCAACGAGAAAGCAAAGUUCAUGACCCGCCUCAACGACAUCCGCCGGCAGAUCGUCAACCGCAAAGACCCGGACAAACUCGACUCGCUGCGCAAAGCCCCCCUCCCCAAGGAACUCGCCGACAGCCAAAAAGCCCUGCGAAACGACUACGCGCGCCUGCUCACCCUCCUCAACCAAGCCGAAGAAGGCGCCUUCGUGCUCCGCUCCCGCCUCGCGUCCCACAACGCAGACCAGGGAAAAACAGCAGCUGUCCCCACCAUGGACGCCGUCAAGAAAACAGUCAACAAAAUGAUCGCCCUGGCGGAAAAACGCACAAACGAUAUCGCUGUCCUAGAAGCUCAGAUGCGCAACCUAGGCCUCGCGGAUCUGUCCUCCUCCCGCGCUUCCCUCUCCUCCACUACCUCCUCCUCCCGCGCCCCAGGCACUACUACACCCCGUCGCGGACGCACACCCGCGCUCCGCAAUAGUACCGCGGCAGCUACGCCCUUCGCCACGCCGCCCACCAGCCGCGCGAAAAUGAGUCUGAGCGAAUUGAAUCGCCGCGCUAUGACGCCUGGUGUUGACGACGAUAACGACAACGACGACGCGACGCCCACGGGUAAACCGUACGGACUCUUCUACACACCACUAGCUGGGGGUGGGCCGGCACCCAAGCGCGAAUUGGCCGGCUUGGCGGAUCUGGUGGAUGAUAAUCUUGACGCGCUGAGGGGGAAGGCGGGUAGGAGGAGGGUUGUUGCGAGGGGGUUGAGGGGCGCGCUGGUUGAGAGGGGGGUGAGGUGUUCGGGGGUUGCUUAG